AUGUCUGUUUACUUCCAACAACGAUACUACAGACAUCCACUCCAGUACAGCACAUACUAUCAGGCCCCCAGUGAAAAUGAAGAACAGCAACAGCCGGUACCACAAAAUCGUGUGGAAGUAAACCCACUAACAGAAAGAAGAGAAAGACCUCUAUAUAGGGGUGUGAAAGAGGUAAGAAGCUGCUUAGCCUACAUUUUUCAAUAUGCGAGGAAAACAGCAAAACCGGACACAAGCACAUAUGUGUGUAUGCAUUGCAAGAAAUUAAAGAAAUACACCGCCAUAAGGGUAAAAGGAGAGGACUUUCUUGACGAUCCUGUCAUGCUCGAUCAUUCGUGCCUUCCAGUAGAGCGAACGCGAGAUAAAGCGGAAAGACUUUCUUAUAAGGUAUCAAAGUUAUGCAAGAUUAUCAAGAUUAUUAUAAGUUAUGCAAGAAUAGAUUAUAUGGUGAUUUUCCAACAGUUGAGGGAAGCACUCGUACGUGCCAACGCGGAGUCAGAAGAAUUGCAACUCAGGUUCAUCGUAGACUUCGAGAUGGCAACAAUUAACGCAGCGCGACGAGUGUUCCCUCGCUUCUCUGUUGAGGGAUGUAGCUGGCAUCUCAGCCAAGCCUGGGUUAGAAAAAGAAAUAGCCUAGGACCGCUACAUUACAUGAAAGGGGAAGGAAGGUGCGGGCGCGUAAUCCGAUGGUGGCGUACGUUGAAGGGCCUGCCUUUCCUACCGAGAAGUUGUUAUCACUUGGUCAACGCUCUUCAAACACCACCUGUGGACCAAGUACACCCCGCUUAUGUGCCAUGUCAAAACUUCCUCGACUAUUUGAACAGCACAUGGCUCGCGGGGCCGUUUUCAAACAUGUGGUGUAAGUAUAUGGUCCACGAAGAGCGCACCACAAACGCAGCUGAAAACUACCACGGAAGACUGAGGAGAAUCCUCAUGAAGAAACAUCCGCCUCUGGCUUCGCUACUCCUUGUCUUCCGUGCGUUCACCUCGGUAGCGAAGGCAACUUUGAAAAGGAUGGAGGCGGUAUGUUGAGU